UUUUUAUUUUUAUUUUAUUUUUUCAAGAAAAUAUAUACACAUAUACACUACACUAUACAUAUAUUGUUAAUAUGAGACUGAUAAUUAGAAACGAUUAUGAUGAAGUAUCAGAUUGGGUUGCUCAUUAUGUUAAAGAACGAAUUAAUCAGUUUGAACCAACAAAAGAAAGACCUUUUGUACUUGGUUUACCUACUGGAUCAUCGCCUAUGAAUGUCUAUAGAAGAUUAGCUGAAUUUGUAAAAGAAGGAAAACUUUCAUUUAAACAUGUAAUUACUUUUAAUAUGGAUGAAUAUGUUGGUAUUCCUCGUGAACAUAAACAGUCUUAUUAUUCAUUUAUGUGGACACAUUUAUUUCAAUAUAUCGAUAUUCCUCCUGAAAAUAUUAAUUUCUUGGAUGGAAAUGCUCCUGAUUUAGAAGCAGAGUGUAGACGUUAUGAGGCAGAGAUAGCAAAACAGGGUGGUAUUGAGUUAUUUAUUAGUGGUGUAGGUCCAGAUGGUCAUAUAGCCUUUAAUGAACCCGGCUCCUCAUUAACUUCUCGUACUCGUGUAAAAACGUUAGCUUAUGAAACAAUCAUUGCAAAUGCUAGAUUCUUUGAAGGCGAUAUCUCAAAAGUGCCCAAAUUAGCACUAACAGUAGGUGUAGCAACGGUAAUGGAUGCUAGAGAAGUGUGUAUCAUUAUUACCGGUGCUCACAGAAGUAUUGCAUUAGCGAAAUGUGUUGAGGAAGGAGUGAAUCACAUGUGGACAGUGUCUGCAAUUCAAAUGCAUCCAAAAGGUUUAAUUGUUUGUGAUGAAGAUGCUACACUUGAAUUACAUGUCAAGACUGUUAAAUAUUUCAAGUCAAUUGAACAUGUUCAUCAAUCACUUAUUGGACAAGAAAACUUGGGAUUACAAGGAGAAUUAUUAUCUACAAAACGUAUUCAGACAGCAAAUAAUUUUCAACGAGAAUUACUAGUUAGAAAAUUAGAAGAUAAUAACGAUGAUGAUGACGAUGAUGACGACGAUGAUGAGUACUCUGAUUUUGAACAAAUUAAUUCACUAAAGAAAAGACGUAUAUCUACUUUAUAAUAUUGUAUUUAUUUUAUUUUAUUUUAU